AUGGCUCCGGUCAGGGUGUUGCUCAUUGGAGCAACCGGAGAGACCGGUCGAUCAAUUGCGAACGGCCUCCUCGAAGCUGGCGGAUUCGAAAUCUACGCAUUCACCCGCCCGGCCUCCGUCGCCAAACCGCAACUCAUCGAACUCAAAAAGAAAGGCGUUAUAAUCCGACAAGGCGAUCUAACAGCGCCCCUGGAAGAACUCGCCGAGGCCCUGAAAGGAAUUGAUAUCGUUGUCAGUUGCGUCGGCCCGUCAGAUCAAGACAUCCAAAUGAAUAUCGUGACGGCGACCAAGGCAGCUGGCGUCAAGCGGUUUAUUCCCUGUGCCUUCAUCACAGUUUGUGCGCCGGGGGGCAUUAUGUGGUUACGCGAUGAGAAAGAAAAAGUAUAUAACCACAUCAAACAACUCAAACUCCCCUACACCAUCAUCGACAUCGGCUGGUGGUACCAAAUCGCAACUCCGCGCCUACCAUCCGGCAAAAUCGACUAUGCCAUGACCACUUCCAAUGAUGAACUGAUUGGGGAUGGCCGAACGCUCAGCGCAUUCAUUGAUUUGCGAGAUAUUGGGAAAUACGUUGCAAAUAUUAUUGUUGACCCCAGGACAGAAAACAAAAUGGUCUUUGCGUAUAAUAUCGUCACGUCGCCGGCCGAUAUCUUUGAUACCGUUGAGAAAUUGAGUGGUGAGAAGGUUGAGCGGAAAUAUAUCACCGAAGAAGAAGUCUACGCCCGGGUCGCCGCAGCUCGCGCCUCCAGCGAAACAUACCCCUUUGAGCCGACGAAAUUCACGCCUCGAUUUGCGGCCGAGUACCAACUCUCAUGGGGGAUUCGAGGCGACAAUGUGCCCGAGUAUGCAAAGUAUUUGGGAUAUUUGGACGCGAAGGACUUGUAUCCGGACUUCAAGUCGAUUGCGUUUGAGGAGUAUGUACAGGAAUUGUUGAGUGGGGUUGCGACUGGUGUUUAUACGGAUCGGAUUUCGAGGAUUUAUUAA